GAGUCACGUGCUUGAUCAGCUGUUCUGCGGCACAUCCGCCUAGACUCGCGCUAGAGUGUUUACAUGCAGACUGCACUGGGCAGAAUGGGCAGACCCGCGUGAAGCGUUGCAGGUAAAUAGAUUAAUGGUUAUUGGACUGUGGUCUCCACUGUGAUCAGGCCUAUGAGACGACAUGCAGCACCCAAAUUUUGAAACACGACACCCGCUGCAGCAGGACGAGCAGGAGACUGGUUACGACCCUCUACAGAACUACAACAGGAACCGAGACCGAGGAUCAUUGGAUAGUGCUGUUGAGUCCACGUUUCAGUCAUACAGAAAGGAGUGGGAUGAUUUGUUCCAGAACAGUAACUACCUGGCGCGGAUCAGGCAGGCUGGCAUUAUUGGACGAUUACGGAGCAGCCGAUUCCGCAGCGUAUGCUGGAAGCUUUAUCUGGAUGUCCUGCCAGAAGAUAAGACUCAAUGGAUCAGUCGAACCAAGGAGGUCAGAGCACAGUACGAGAAAAUCAAAGAAACGCACAUUACAAACCCUCGCAAAGCUGCAGGCCAGCAGGACCUGGUGGUGAACAACCCACUCUCACAGGAUGAGGGGAGUCUCUGGAACAAGUUUUUUCAGGAUAAGGAGCUCAGGGGUAUGAUCAAACAAGAUGUUUUACGAACGUUUCCAGAGAUGCUGUACUUCCAGGAAGAGGAUGUCAGGACGAAGCUGACUGAUAUUCUCUUCUGCUACGCACGAGAGAAUGAGCAGCUACUGUAUAAGCAGGGCAUGCAUGAGUUACUUGCCCCAAUAGUGUUUGUUCUCCACUGUGAUCACCAGGCGUUUCAGCAUGCCAAUGAGACGGCCAAUCCCAGUUGCAGUGAAGAGAUGAAAGUCCUUCUUGAUCCUAAAUUCCAUGAGCAUGAUGCCUAUGUCAUGUUUUCUCUGCUCAUGGAGACAGCAGAACCCUGGUUCAGCAGUUUUGAGCGGGAGGUCAGAAAGGGCAAAGAAGAGAUGUUAACCAGCAUCCCCUUUGCGAGACCACAGGACUCUGGCCCUUCUGUUGCUAUUGUGACCAAAGUCAACCGCAUUCAGGACCAGCUAGUAAAAAAACACGACAUUGAACUGUAUAUGCACCUCAACAGACUAGAGAUAGCACCCCAGAUUUAUGGCAUUCGCUGGGUUCGACUGCUGUUUGGUCGGGAGUUUCCCCUGCAGGAUCUGUUGGUGGUCUGGGAUGCUCUCUUUGCAGACAGCAUCACUUUGGACUUGGUGGAUUACGUGUUUGUUGCUAUGCUUCUAUACAUCAGAGAUGCAUUGAUCGCAAGUAACUUUCAGACGUGUCUCGGCCUCCUGAUGCACUAUCCUCCUAUUGGAGACAUCCACUCACUGCUCCUAAAAGCACUAUUCCUCAGAGACCCUAAGAAUAAUCCACGACCAGUAAACUACCAGUUCCAGCAAAACCUUGACUACUACAAAACCCGUGGAGCCGACUUGGUCAACAAGACUCGGGCCAGCACUAAAGCAGCACCUCUCAACAUUAAUAAAGUAUCCAGUUCUCUUCUUAAUUUUGGCCGGAAGCUCAUUGCGCCGAUGGGAAGCGGCUCCAGCGGUAUCUCGCCAAUUAACAGCGAGGUGAUAUCAGCUCCUCCCCUUCAAACUCCAGUGCCACAACCAUUUGCCGAGCCUCCAUCAUGCACCGCUCCGGCAAAUACGCAGAUCAAAUCACAGCCGUACACACAAACGCAGCAUCAGCACCGACUGCUGAAGUCUGAAAGUAUGCCAGUGCACCUCAGCAAAGACAUAGGUCCUUGUGGAGCCUCUCAGAUAUCUCUCCCUUCCCAGAUUCAAUCUGAUACCCCAGGCCACACCCCCAGGACCAUUAGUUCCUCCCCCAGCUCUGAGAGUUUGUCUGGUGGGCGGGACCAUGCAAUGUCUUCCCCUCCUCUCCCUGUGUCCACAGGGCAAGACUCCAGCACAUCAUCUCCGCCUUCCUCUGCUACGAAGAAAGACUCUUUCUUUAAUAUCAGUCGCUCACGGUCCCACAGUAAAACUAUAAACAAGAAGGAUGCGGAGGAGCUUGAGGCCCAGGUGUCAUUUUUACAGGGUCAGAUUAAUGACCUUGAGGCCAUGAGUAAAUAUUGUGCCAAGAUGAUGAACAUGCACAUAGGAAAAAUUCAAGAUGUGAUACUGCAGGAGCAUCUGGAGAAGGAAGAUGAGGUUCUGGUGUCACUUGCUGGACUAAAACAGAUUAAGGACAUCCUGAAGGGGGCUCUCAGAUUCAACCAGAGUCAGCUGGAGGCGGAGGAGAAUGAGGAGAUCUCCAUAGCAGACGAUCACUACUGCUCUAGCCAAUAUAGUAAACUAAAGGACCAGAGUGAUCCAGACGCAGCUGGUUCUACAGACGGACAACAAGCGGUUCUAGAGCGCUACGACCACCAGGAAGGAGACAUGGUAGCAGAGAAAGAAGAGGAAGAGGUAGCCGAGAAAGAAGAGGAGGAGGAGGAGGAGGAGGAAGAGGUAGCCGAGAAAGAAGAGGAGGAGGAAGAGAAGGACGAGGAGAAGGUCAAGGUCUUGACCACUGAGAAUGUCCCCACAAUAGCAGAGCCACAGGCCUCUGAAGGGAGAAACUGGGAUGACUACAUCUUGGUCUCACAGGAUGGCGAGCCAUCAGAGAGUGAGGAGCAAAGCAUAACCACCACGGCUCCACUCUUUAAGCAUGUACGAGGCCUAAACAAGGCGGAUUUUCAAGACCCUCUGAUGGGGACCACGUCUGGGUCUUCCAGUCCAGAUGACGGCAGCACUCACAGCAAGGACUCUGACUUCACUAUUGUUAAUCCUACUGACCUUUGAACCUUGAUUUACCCUAAAUAUGACUGGACCCAUCAUUAACACUUAAGAAACUCUGCUGGAUGUUUGCACAUAUGAACUCAGGCUGAUUGCCUCGUGUGCCCCCAUGCCCUGUAGCUCAAUCCCUAAACCACACAUUAUGUUUCUUAAAUCCUGGACCUCUGGCUGUGUAUUUAAAACCAUCCUAAUUCAAAAUAACUCUUUUCUUUGUGCUCCAAAUGUGAGGCCCUGACCAUAGAUCCUUUGCUCUGUUACAUAAAUGUGGUAUCUAAAGCCAUAAAAAGCAGCCUCGACUUUAAUGAGAUUUUUCAUUCUGUAAUUUUCUUUGAAAAUGUCCUAAAGGUUUUGGACCGCAUCUUGACGUUUAUGCAGAGAAAACCUAUAUUAGUUUUCUUCUAAAUCAAUAUCCUGUGAAAUGCAUUUAACAGACACUCUCUGCCUCAGAUAAAAGCUAUAUUCUGCUUCAGUUUUCCCUCUAUCUCUGUCUUUGUCUCUUUUUGGGGGGAACUGGCUUUUGUGAUAAGGACAGGACAUUGACAGAUGCUCAAUCUAGUAGUAGAGAGCGGCUUUUUUAUGAAAUGGACUGAGUGUCUCUCAUUCACUCUCAUCUUUAUUGAUUUUCCAUGAACCAGUGCCUGAGCAGUUGUCCAUUUUCCAUUUUUUGUCUGUUUUUUUUUUAAGAUCGAGAUUUUAGCCCAUAGACCACGACAUUUGUUAAAUUAUGGAUUUUUCUUUCUUUCAUAUUUGUCAUAAUUUUUAAGCCAAUGAUAUGUGAAGCUUUUAUGUUCUAGUAUUUCUCUGAUGUCAUUAGUCUUGUUUUGUCUUGGUUCCCGUGGUAACUGUGUAUUGUUUUGCACAUGACACGAAGGAUGUUUCUAAUACUGAUAUCCUAUUAACUCUGGAUGAAUAAAAAGCAUUACUCUCGUCUCGUCUAA